AUGUUGUUUACAAACGAAGAAUACGGAAUGAUGGAGUCACCGGCAUCGAGCGCUAUAGAAACCCCCAGGUAUUAUGGCGUGACGCCGUUUCACGUUCCGCAAUACAAUUUUGAACUGGCCGAAAGUAACGCGGACAAGGUGGAAGCCAUCAGGCGACAGUUUAGAGAAAUCUUGGGCCCUAUGACGAUCGAGACCUUAAACCAUUACACGGUAGAUCAGGGUUUUGCCUACAAACUCGAACGCGCCUUUGAAGAACUCGGCGCGUUGCGCCAACGCGAAUUCCUCUACAAGGCGCUCGUGGCAGUUAAGCGCAUGACCAGGGUGGACGUUGCCUUUCGCAACGUGAUCGAGUUUAUAAAUUUUGUGCUGCGCCGAGACGACUACAGGGUCAUGAACGUCGUGUUGAAAGACAACAAAAUCGACGUCGAGUGCUACGAACGGGUCGACAUCGUGGAGAAGCAAAUCUGCAAGCGGCAGUGGCGAGUCGAAUUUAAAGAAAAUAACAUACUGAUGACGGUCGACAAGGAUCAGAUGGCCAUCCAAACGCUCCUGAAUGACAAUACAGUAUUUCACUGCGUAAUGGGAAUCGAAUACGUACGAAACAGUCUCAACAUACUUAGGAAAACCUCUUCCUCGUCGACCACUCAGCGCGUCAUCAGGGAUCUGAAGCCGUUCGUGGACGCGUACGCUACUGCCAUUCUGCGCCUGCUACUCCUCUACAUCGAAGGGAUAUUUUCCCAUGCGCGCGAGGCGACUCGCGGUAUGGCGGUGGGCGCAAGUACGGCAGCCAAGAUUACGGCGGUCAUGCUAGUAUCCCUGUGCAACUACGCGGCGGUGCGCGUAAAGUUUUCGCAAAACAACAAGCCACAGGACGUCAUCAACCUCCUGGUCGAAGAGAGCAACAGGUUGUACACGAGUAACGUCGAGAACGGAGUGUACCGCUGCGACACCGACUACAUGACGCUCCGGACCGUCAUGCCGGCCGAGCGGGUCACGGACGACGUCAACAUCAUCGAUCCGGCCAUCUCUACGACGCUGCGUGACCACAACGAGCUCAUCAUGAAGAGUUCCGACACGAUCCCCGUGCCGCGUACCAACCACUACGUGCUAGCCCUGCAGAAGGAGAAGGCGCCGGCCACCGAGGUGUCGGUCCUUAACAUCGCCUCCAUCAUAGAACAGUGCAUGAGCAACGGGCGCGUGGACUCUCGCUUCGUCGAAGUGCACAAACAGUCGGACCAGGGCACGCAGGAGCACAACAAAUUUUACAGCCAGGCCUGUUGCGUCUCGCCCCGUAACCUCGGUCUGUUUCUACAGUGCCUAAACUUUGAGAUGAUGGACUCGGACAUGUUUGGGGCCACCUUACAGUGCCUCAAGAUGACCAAGGGCAUACCCACUCCGCGCCAGGAAGAAAUUGCCACCUACUCAAACACGGCGCUAUUUCGGAUGGCCACCAACCUGUUUUAUCACACGCGUUUCUGCAGGAGCUACCGCGGCGAAAACACCUACCUGUACGACUCGCGCUUCUUUAACGACUUUCUACUCUGGGUCCAGUCGCCCAACUGUCUGGAACACCACAUCUCGCCUAGCGUGUCGUCGUCCAUCAUCUCGUGGUGCACGUCCAUGUCUACUGCCAUGCACACUACGCGCGACGCCAACGGAGCGAAGUGCGCCAUGGCGGCCAUAUCCACGUGCGAGGUGGACCAACGCGUACUAGCCGACUUUUUGAACAUGUUCAUCAAGCUCUUUAUCGAGGACGAGACCGAGAUUAGCGUCAUCAACAAGAAAUUUCUCGAGAAGGAACUACUCGAGGCUUUUGCCUCCGUGUCUAAUUGCUACAACCUGUUUAGGGGGCAGUUUGUUUCGGCGACGGCCUUGCGCCUCUUCCUAGCCCGUUGUAGGUGGUCCGUGGCCGACGACGUGGAAGUCAUCGUUCCGGUCGAAACAAAGUUUCUCAACAGACUGAUAUGCGACAGCGACGACCUGUUGUCCAACUCGAUGCGAGACAAGCCCCGUAAAACCAUGGAAGACGUCUCCACGAUGAUGGCGCCGCUACUCUCCAAUCCAUCCACGUCCGCGCCUCACAGCAAGGACGACGACAGCAACGUGCCCAUAUGCAUUUGA